AUGGCAUCCCAAAUUGAUUAUAGUGGUUCUACGAUUGUUUCAACACCCAUACGUUUUUAUGACUCCACAUUCUAUACCAUUGUAUUAAUAAGUUUAACCUAUUUAGUAUUUCAAAUCUAUUCUAUUAGAUCUCAUCCAAAAUGUCUAACAUUAUUUCUCUCUUUUAUUUGUACGUGUAUUGGUUCCGAGACAUUUUUUCAUAUUCUCUAUUAUAAAUCAAUAUUAAAUACUGAUCGUCUAGCAAAUUUAAAUAUUACAAAUUCUUUUUCACCAGCGAUUAUUCAUUUAAUAAUUCUAUUAUCAAUCAAUUCAUUUUUAUGGAAUGCUACACAAUGUUCAGCAUUAGCAACAUGUUUAUUAUCAUUACCAACAUCGUCUGAACAUUCCUCAUCAAAUCAUGUUUAUCGUCGUUGGCUUCGACAUAUAUUCAUUGAUCAUAUAUUUGCAUUAGUACUUGUACGUUUAGGAAGUUUAACUGAUUUACCAACAAUAAUUACUCUAAGUGAUGUAGCAUCAGUUUGCGUACUAACAAGUUGGUUUUCACAAGUAGCUAUAUUUCCCUGUGCAUUGUGUUCUAUACAUUUAUUUGUUAAAAUAGAAGUAGAUGACUCGAAUACUACUACUACUACUACUACCAUUAUUCCCAUACAACCUGCACAGGAUGGUGAUGAACUGAAUAGCGUGUUACAUCGUAUAAAAAUAAUUAAAAUAAUUGGUUUAGCUUUAUUUGGUGUAAAAAUUUCUGCAUUAUCCUUAUGUGAAACAUUAGCUCUCACAUUUGCCACAAUUAUUUGUUUAUCAUGUUUAGUUAUAUCAACAAGAGAAUAUAAUUACAAUAGUUAUGUAUGGAUAUUCAAUUCAUUUUUUAACAAAAAUCUCGCAAAAAAAAUUAUUGAUAAUGCGGUGGAUGAUCUAACACAUUCAACAUCAAGAAAACAACAUUCAUUGUUAGAAAAUGACGUCAAGCAAUAUUCAAAAAGUAUAUUAAAAAAAGCAUCUAAUCUUCAAUAUCUGCCGAUAUAUUCACAAAAUGGAAAUGACAAAGAAUCGUCACUUUUAAAUUAUCAACAUAGUCCUGUGUCAACAACUAUUAAACCACAUUUUGAGGACAAACAGUCAAAUAGUUUAUCACCAACAGUUGAUAAAAAAGACUAUAAAUCUCUCACGGAUAAUGAACUAUUACAAAUAAUCAAAUCAAACAACCAGCGAGAAUUAUUAACACAUAAUUUAGAAAAAUAUUUACCCUUUGAUCGUGCCGUUUCUCUAAGACGUUUAUUUUUAAAUGAAAAACUAUCAGAAUUAUCACAUGUAUCUACAAUCAAUGAUUUACCCUAUGAUCAUUACGAUUAUUCUCGUGUAAUUAAUCAAUGUUGUGAAAACGUUAUUGGCUAUGUACAAAUUCCUGUAGGUUAUGCCGGACCAUUAUUGAUUGAUAAUAAAGAAUAUUAUAUCCCAUUGGCAACAACCGAAGGAGCAUUAGUAGCAAGUACAAAUCGUGGGUGUAAAGUUGUUACAUUGUCCGGUGGUGUACAAACAACAGUAUUUAAUGAUGGUAUGACUCGUGGACCAGUGUUAAAAUUUAAAACAGCCAGAGAAGCAUAUGAAGCGUAUAAAUGGUUAGAAAUUAAUUUUAAACAAGUAAAAUUAACGUUUGAUCGUACAAGUAGUUAUGCAAGAUUGACUAAUAUCAAAAAAACAAUAUCAGCACACUAUUUGUUUAUUCGCUUUGUGGCAACAACAGGCGAUGCAAUGGGUAUGAAUAUGAUUACAAAAGGUGUUGAAGCAGUAUUGGAGUUACUGAAACAAUCAUGGGAUUCAGCUAUUGAUAUGAUCAGUAUAAGUGGUAAUUAUUGUAUCGAUAAAAAACCAUCGGCUUUAAACUGGAUCGAUGGACGAGGAAAAUCAGUGAUUGCUGAAGCUAUUAUAUCGAGUGACGUAUUAAAAAAUGUAUUAAAAAUGGAUUGUCAACAUUUAAUUGAAUUAAAUUUGGCUAAAAAUAUGGUUGGCUCCAUUAUGGCUGGUAGUAUUGGUGGAUUUAAUGCUCAUGCAGCAAAUACCGUUUCAGCUAUGUUUAUUGCAUGUGGACAAGAUACAGCACAAUGUGUUACUAGUAGCACUUGUUUAACAUGGUUAGAAGCAACCGGUUCAGAUAAACAAGACUUGUAUAUCUCCUGCACAAUGCCUUCACUGGAAGCUGGCACAAUUGGCGGUGGUACAACAUUAUCUGGUGGACAACUGGCAUGUUUAAAGAUGUUAGGUGUUUCUGGAUCAAAUUCUCUCGAACCCGGGGCUAAUUCGAUUCAGUUAGCAAAAAUUAUAUGUUCUACUGUUUUAGCUGCUGAACUCUCAUUAAUGAGUGCACUGGCAACAAAUGAUUUAGUCAAAGCACAUCUUAGCUUAAACAGAACACCGACAGUACCUGAAUUUAGACAAAAAUAA